AUGUUCCAAGAAGUGUGGGGUCGCAGCUUCUGCCGGACCAUUGAGAAGCUGGUGGAGGUGGUGCAGGAGUACCCAACAGAGGUGGAGCACAUCUACAGCCCCGCCUGUGUGCCGCUGGUGAGGUGUGCAGGUUGCUGUGGGGAUGAAAACCUGGAGUGCCAUCCCACCCACACCACAAACGUCACCAUGCAGCUGUUGAAGAUCAGGCCAUCAGAGCCAGGUCAAGAAUAUGUUGAGAUGACGUUUGUGGAGCAUCAGACAUGUGAAUGUAGAGUCAGGAAACCUAUUGUGAAGGUUGAAAGGAAAAGGCAAAGAGGA